GUUGAUCCAGUUGUCAAAAAACAUACGCAAGAUUUGUUUAUCGCUUUGAAAACGUAUUAUUGUGGAGUUUUUAUACUGAAAAAUGGUGAAAUUAACCCCAGAAUUGAUAAACCUGUCCAUGCAAUUUAUGAAUCCGUGCAGGGAUAGGGAGCUGUGCUUGCGGGGCUACAAAAUCCCCCAAAUAGAGAAUUUGGGGGCAACACUCGAUCAAUUCGAUGUGAUAGACUUCUCAGACAAUGAUUUGCGCAAGUUGGAUGGAUUCCCACAUCUGCAACGAUUGAAAUGUCUCCUGCUGAACAACAACCGGAUUGUGCGAAUAAGUGAGAAUUUGCAUGAAUCUCUGCCGAAUCUGGAGUCAGUCAUUCUCACUGGGAACAGUAUUCAGGAGCUGGGCGAUCUUGAACCACUGACACACCUUCCAAAGCUGGAAACUCUCUGCCUCCUCAUGAAUCCAGUGUCCACGAAACCCCACUACAGAGAGUACAUGGCUUACAGAUUCCCCAACUUGAGACUCCUGGACUUCCGCAAGAUCAAGCAGAAAGACCGGAAGGCGGCAAAUGAGCUGUUCAAGAGCAAGAAAGGCAAGGAGAUUCAUAAGGAGAUCACGAAGCGAGCGAAGACCUUCACGCCGGGCGCUGGUCUCGAGACUGCAGCUAAAAUACCUCGAGCUACAAAUGCGAAUGUUCAGGCCAUUCGGGAAGCCAUCAAGAAUGCCACAUCUCUGCAGGAAGUUGAGAAACUCACACGAAUGCUCCAAUCAGGACAGAUUCCCGAUGAUAUCCAGAAUGGGAAUGAGAAUGGAAACGGAAAUGGCACUGUAGUUGAGGAGGAAGAUGAGGAGGAACCGAUGGAGGAGAAUUAGAUCAGCAUCUGUAUCAGGUGAAUUUUCAAACACAAUAAAUUAAUGAUUAUCAGA